UCCAUUUUUUUUUAUUAAAAACAGUCAGCUGAAAUAAGCACAUGUUAAGACAACUAUCAUCAAUAGAUGGCGAGACUGUCAUUGUUUUGAUUUGCAAAAACAUUGAUCACGUUUAUAGUGAUUUAAUAACCGAUUUAACCGAUCCAUCAAUUGAGAUAAACAAGAUGAUCACCCAAAAUUAUGUUCGUUCCCUAUUCAUUCGAUUGAUUACCAAUAACAAUCCUGUUAGAUCAUUUUGUUCAAAAGGCAAAUUCUUUGACGAUUCUGAUGCAAAGACAAAACAAACGAAACAAGAGAUAAGCGAUUUGAAAGCCAAACAAUUAUAUCCAGAAUAUGAACAAACCGAAUAUGGAAUCGUGUUUGAUAAGAAACCAUUCAAAUAUCAAUGCAUCGCUGGUAAAGCAUAUUUUUGGUGUAGUUGUGGCCUUAGUCAUAAACAGCCAUUCUGUGAUGGUACACAUCGUAAUCAACAUUUACAAAUCAAAUUGAAACCACUCCGAUGGGAUUGUACCGAAACGAAAGAAUAUUGGUUCUGUAAUUGUAAACAAACACGACACCCACCAUUCUGUGAUGGUACUCAUCGACAAAAAUCUAUCCAGGAAGGCCAUUCCACCAUACGUGAUCAUCAUUCACCUCCGUUGGUUAUCGAGAAAAUUAAAAAGAAAUGAACAGAACACGCAUUUAUUCUAAAAAGAGAAGCAAUCAUCAUUACACAAAAAAAACAUUUAAUCUGCCCUUUGUAUUACAAUAACUUCUAGAAUUUAAAAAAAGAAUAAAUAUUGCAACCAAA